AUGGAAAAAAUUAAAAUUCCAUCAUGCAAAUAUGACGGCAAAGGUGACCCCAAAAGAUAUGUGGCGGCAUUUGAAAGUCAUAUGUUGUUAUAUACCGACACGGAUGUCGUGUGGUGUAAAGUCUUCCCGAUAACGCUGACAGGAGCAGCUUCGGAUUGGUUCUCGAACCUGGAACCUGGUCAAGUUGACUACUUCAAAACUCUGGUGGAGAUGUUCACAGGCCAGUACAUAAGCAAUAGCGCGAGGCAAAGAUCGUCAGGGGAACUGAUGGCGGUCGGUCAAAAGAAGGAUGAAUCUCUAAGGGACUUCAUUAGACGAUUCAACAACGAAGCCAAUACGAUUCCCAAGCUGCAACAGGAAAUAGUUAUGAUGGCCUUCAUGAGUGGGCUAAGUGAUUGUGACUUCAAAAAAUAUAUGGCCUGGAAAACCUUCUCAAAUUUGGGCCCAGCAUUCAACAAGGCACAUGAAUACAUUAAGAGUGAAGAGCUCUUGAAGGCCAACAACAGAGUGGCGCCAGCAGAGUUAAGUCGUUGGCCGAUUGACAACGCAAUGCAUGAAAUGAGUAGACCAGCGGAACAAAAUCAACAAAGGGCGGAUAGGCUAGCAAAAGGUCUUGGCCGGUAUAACAAUUAUACGCUGCUGAACACGCUAAUGGCAACAAUCUAUUCCGUAAAUCAGCAAAGGGAAUAUUGGGCCAAGCUGGUACUUGGAACUUUGCUCGAUGUUGAAGACCAAAGAGAAGGCGAAAGAAUUCAAUAG